UCAUUAGUCGGUAACCAACAGUUGCAGACGCAACGAUCAAAUUUUGUUUAUGUUUACUGCCUCGUCUAGCUGGAUCACAGACACAUAAACAAUCCUCGAUACUCUCUAUGGAAAACCGUCCGAAAAUUGAGUCGUGUCUAAUCGUGGAAAAUUAAUAUGAAAGUUCAACAAAACCUAUAUUCUUACGAGAUAGACAAAGAUAAGUAGAGUAUCUCUGUCUUUGUCUGAAACAUUCUUAGCUUAUCACGCAUGCGCAAAACGAGAACAUUCUAGUCUUCUAUGUUGAUUUUUUACAAAUAGUCACGACUCAAUUUUCGGACGGUUUUCCCUAGUCUUCUGUAUAUGGGUGUCAACACCUGUUUAUACAAAUGAUCAUGUGUGAAAUAUUUUAAAAAUGCUCAGUUUGACAUGGUCAUAACAUUUGAACCACUGCAUAUCGCAACUUUAAACUUGCAAUUUCAGAUUCUACGCAUCGAAAACUACAGGAUUACACAUAAAAAAGUCAAUAAUUUUUGGACCCCUAAAGUAAAAUUUAUCUAAAUUCUCUUCUGGAAAUUUGAAAUUUUUAAUAUUGUAAAUUUAUAAAAUUUCUGUAAUAGCAGGGAAGAAAUUUCCUUUAUUUUCAUGGAUUAAGGUGACAUUACUAUGAGAAUUUAACAUGGAGUAUAACAGUGAGAUGGAAUCCUUUAUGCAAAAUGAUAGUACAAGAUGUCGCGAAGAAAUUAUUUCGCCAGAAGAACAGUCAUUACUGCAACUCUUGCAAAAAGCAAUGUUAGAAACAAGCGAAGAAAAUAUAGCUUUCAGGAAGGAGAUAUCAUUAUUAUUGAAUAAAUUAAACUUGGAAUCACAAUCUUUGCCUAACGACAUCAAAGAAGGAUUACAAAAAAUAGCCUUGCUUUUAAGAUAUGAAAAGCUAAGUGAUUUUGAUGCUAUUACUCUGAAUAUAGUGAGUGAAAGAAAGAAAAUAGAGGAAAAGAAAAGACAGUAUGAAGAAAAACAAUUGGCAUUAUUAUAUGAUGAUCAUUCUAGAAAAUAUACUAUUUUUUCAAGGAAACUUAAUUGUUUGCAAGAGGCUGUAAAUUCACUUGAAAGCAUUAUUGAAAAUUCUCAGAAAGAGCAAGCGGAUAUUCGCUGUAAUCAUGUUUCAUUAUUUACAAAGUUAAAAGAAUAUCAGCAAACUGCAGAAAAGUUAGAAACUGAUUUAGCAGAUAUGCAAGUAGAAGAUCUUUAUCCCAAAACAAUAUUAAAUAAAUAUCAUAGAUAUUUAGAAAUGUCAGGUGAAUUAGCAGAACUUAAUCAAUACCUUAGUCAGUAUAGAGAUUUGCCACCAAAUUUACUACAAGCUAAAGCUCUAGUUGAAGUUAAAAAAAAGGAAUAUGAAAGUUUAAAGAACACACUUUUAGAGAAAACAAAUUGAAUGAUAGGUAUAACAGUAUUGUUAAUCAAUAUCUUACUUUAUAACUUUUUCACUUUUAUACAAUAAUAAAAAAAAAAUGUAUGUACAAACAUAUCUUAUACAAGUCUUCUAUAUUUAAAAAUCAUAUUUUGAUUGUGUUUGUUUUCUGGUUAACCUAUUUUGUGCCCAUUGAUUCCUCAAUUUCAUUUCCAUACCCUUAGUUUGAUUUGCUAAGUACGUUAUUUAAUGUUUUUUUUUUUUUUUAAACAGAGAAUUUAUUCCACCACCUUGCAUAGAGUAGUCUUUGCUAAUGAAUGAUCAAAUCUCGCGACACUAGGAGCCUUACCCCCUCCAUGGUAGUCUUUAGAUCGUGUAUACGACCGCGACAGUAACUUUCAGUUUACCUGCUGUUUACAUUUCAACGAUAGCACAGUUAUAUAGCAUUGAACGAUAAAACUGUAAAAUAAAAGCCGUGGCAAUAAUAACGUGGUAUUUCAAGCGUAAUUAAAAAAAGAAUUCAAUAAACGUUAAAAAUUAC